AUGAGUUCGUGGAAACAAUUAAGCAGGCUCGUCAAUGGUGUGUCGCUUGUAGCCAAGGAGAUCUGCAAUCAGUCUCCGGAGCUGCAGAGAGCGGCGAAAGGAGAUCUCGAAGGCUUAAUCACGUCUUCCGGGAAAAAAGCUUUGGUAGCCGCCACCGACUUGGUCGGACUCACCUCCGGGAAGCUUCGCGAGCUCUCGAAACGCAGAUCCAAGGAACCAUCCGUCGUGUAUUUCGACGAUGAGAAGGACAAGGACGGCGUCGUAUUGGCUGAUUCCACCGUCGCGCCUGAGAUUAGAUCUACCUCCGUCGUGAGCGAUUGUGUUAAUGAAGAAUUUGUUGAUUCGCAGAUCGUGAUAAGUACGUCCAUCGAUGAAGCUAAGAUUUCAAAUAGAGAAGGCGAGGCAAAGGUUUCAGUGGAUGAAGUCGGCGAGAGUAUUGGAGUUAGAGCUGCCGAAUCAGGUGAGGCAGCAAUAGCAUCAACUCCGUCGGAGGUAGCUCCGGUGAAGAGACGGAGACCUAGAGAGAGGAAGGUUCCAUCAACUCCAUUUGCAAGAGCUUAUGGGUUUUUCAAUUUGGGAGCUGGUCUUGCUUGGGGAGCUAUGAAGGAAUCAACGUAUAGGAUUGUGAAUGGGACGCCAAACACACAAGACAACCAACCUGCGCUCUCCUCUAUACUGUCUCAGGAGAAUGCAGAGAGAUUGGCUCUGGGAUUGUGUGAAAUGCGUGGAGCUGCUCUUAAAAUCGGCCAAAUGUUGAGUAUCCAAGACGAGUCUCUAGUUCCCGCUCCGAUCUUGAAGGCUCUGGAAUUGGUGCGUCAAGGUGCUGAUGUGAUGCCGAGAAGCCAACUGAAUCCAGUUCUGGAUGCUGAAUUAGGUCCAAAUUGGCAAUCAAAGCUGACCAGUUUUGAUUAUGAACCCUUGGCAGCAGCGAGUAUUGGUCAGGUGCACAGAGCUGUUACUAAAGAUGGAUUAGAAGUCGCAAUGAAGAUUCAGUACCCUGGCGUUGCUGACAGCAUCGAGAGUGAUAUCGAAAAUGUCAGACGCUUGUUGAAUUACACAAAUCUUAUUCCAAAGGGACUCUUUCUCGACAGAGCUGUUAAGGUUGCAAAAGAAGAGUUGGCACGAGAGUGUGACUAUGAAAUAGAAGCAGUGAGUCAAAUGCUCUUUCGUGAUUUGCUCUCAGACACUCCAGGGUUCUACGUUCCUCGUGUCAUAGACGAGGUCUCAAGCAAAAAAAUUCUAACCACAGAACUUAUCUCUGGGAUCCCAAUCGAUAAAGUGGCAUUGUUAGACCAAGAAACGCGAGACUACGUUGGGAGGAAGAUGCUCGAGCUCACGUUGAAGGAGCUCUUCGUCUUCCGCUUCAUGCAGACAGAUCCAAACUGGGGCAACUUCUUAUACGAUGACACCACAAGAACAAUCAACCUCAUCGAUUUCGGAGCAGCUCGUGAUUACCCCAAGAAGUUCGUCGAUGACUAUCUACGAAUGGUGAUGGCAUGUGCGGAGAAAGACAGUAAAGGAGUGAUUGAAAUGUCGAGGAGGCUCGGGUUCUUAACCGGAGAUGAAUCAGACGUGAUGCUUGACGCUCAUGUCCAAGCCGGUUUCAUCGUUGGUCUACCGUUUGCGGAACCUGGUGGCUAUGCUUUCAGAACCAACAACAUUACUUCUAGCGUUUCCAAUUUAGGAGCAACCAUGUUGAAACAUAGACUCACGCCACCGCCUGAUGAAGCUUAUAGUCUUCACCGUAAACUGUCCGGUGCUUUCUUGGCUUGUAUCAAGCUUGGAGCCACCGUUCCUUGCCGUGAUCUAUUGUUACAAGUUUAUGAGAAGUAUCAGUUUGAUGAUGAGCCACAAGAUCCGGUGGUCGCUUCUACAAGAUCCGUUUCUUCGUAG